AACACCUUUACUUCAGACCUGCGGUUCAAGCUGCUUCCACACUUUUUGGCUUCAUUCAUCCUCUGAUUGCCGAUCUAGAGAUACAGCUAUGCAAGCUCUGCCUUACGCACUCCCGACCGCCGCCGCCUGCCUCGCAUAUCUGAAUGCGCGCCAUGGUUUCACUUACGACUGGCCGAUGCUCCAAUCCCUAAUUCGACAACGGAUAUCGUUGAGACUCCAUGAGAGAAGAGACGACAUCAAUGUCUUUUACGUCCUCGAGCAGCACGCCAAAUCGGCGGAUCGGCAUCGCCCGUGCAUCAUCUACCAAGGCGAGACUUGGAGCUACGCCGAAGCCUACGAGAUAACUUUGAGAUAUGGAACCUGGCUCAAAAGCAAAGGUGUGAAAAAGGACGAAGUUGUUGCCAUGGAUUUUAUAAACUCGGCCGUGUUCAUCUGGGUGUGGUUGGGUCUCUGGAGCAUCGGCGCCAAACCGGCCUUUGUCAAUUACAAUCUGGAAGGCAAGCCUUUGGUACAUACCAUUCGAACGAGCACAGCCAAGCUCGUUCUGGUCGGCGAGGAUUUUAAGCAAAAAUACGCUGCGGAAAAAUUGGCGGAGCACGGCCUGGAAGCAAGUGGUCCUCCGGUUGCUGGAUUGCAGGCAGAAGACCGGGCAUCGUACGCCUUCGAGCGUGAUGAUAGCGAGAUCAAAGCCUCGCUGCAGAAAAAUGCCACAGCAUCUGCCACUCCAGAAGCCAGCAUAGACUCCCAUCAACACAGAAUCGAAAUCGUCUUCUUCGACAAGCGGCUGGAAAACCACAUCCUGACUCUCAAACCCGAGAGGCAACCCGAUUCGGAGCGUGGCGGCCAAAAGAUGGACGAUAUGGCCAUGCUCAUAUACACAUCAGGCACUACCGGUCUUCCCAAACCAGCCAUCGUGUCUUGGGGCAAGGCAAAUGGAGCACCACGCUUCGCGCACAGGUACCUGCCUGUCAACAAGACAGAUACAAUGUACACAGCUAUGCCUCUUUACCACGCAUCCGCCUCGGUAUUGGGUUUCGCCACGAUGCUUCGCGCUGGAGGAGCAACCUCUAUAGGACGAACCUUCAGUCACAAGACUUUCUGGCCAGAAGUCCGCUCCUCCAAAGCCACCGUCAUCCAAUACGUUGGCGAAACCUGCCGCUACCUCCUCACGGCACCCCCAUCCCCCCUCGACAAAGACCACCACGUCCAAAAGAUCUUCGGAAACGGUCUCCGCCCCGACGUCUGGCAAGCGUUCCAGACCCGCUUCGCCAUCCCCGAAGUCUGCGAGUUCUACUCGGCCACCGAAGCCCCAGCAGGCCUCUUCAACCGCGACGCCAACGGCUUCAGCGCAGGAGCCUUUGGCCGCAACGGCACCAUCGGCUCCUUCCUCCUCGGGCUCUCCAUGUUCCUCGCCGCCGUCGACCCCUCGACAAACGCAGACCCCAUCCGCGACCCGACAACGGGCCUCUGCGUCCCCGCCGGGCCCUCGCAGCCGGGCGAGCUCUUCUUCAAAGUCGACGCCGACAACAUCAAGCUCAAAUUCCAGGGCUACUUUGGCAACGCAAAAGCCACGUCGAGCAAAAUCAUCCGCGACGUCAAGAAAAAGGGCGACGCGUAUUUCCGCUCGGGCGACCUCGUGCGCCGCGACGCUGACGGCCGCUGGUGGUUCGUCGACCGCAUGGGCGACACCUUCCGCUGGAAAUCGGAAAACGCGAGCACGGCCCAGAUUGCCGAUGCGCUGGGCAAGCACCCGCGCGUCGCUGAGGCCUGCGUCUACGGCGUCGAGGUCCCGCAUCACGAUGGCCGCGCAGGCUGUGCCGCUAUCAUCCUCGUCGAUAAAUCUCUCGCUCCUGAUCCCACGCUUCUCGCUGACAUUAGACACCUUGUUGAUAAAGAGUUGCCGGCUUUUGCGAGACCCGUUUGGUUGAGGUUCACUACCGCCCUCGAGUUGACCGGCACGAAUAAGCAUCAGAAGGUUGGGUUGCAGAAGGAGGGCAUUGAUGUCGAGAGUGUCGAGCGGAAAGGGGAUACCAUGUUUUGGGCUGGUGCGGGAGGGAAGGGUGCGUACGAGAAGUUUGGGGUCAAGGAGUUGGAGGGGAUUGUUGGGGGGAGGGUGAAGUUAUAG